AUGGCUAAGAGACCAAUGGUGGAGUUUAUUUUGCAGGUGACGAACCUAGUCUUUACCCUAUGGGGUUUAAGCACCCUGGGUUAUGGGUUAAUUUGCUUCUUCAAGUGGAAGCAAAGCCUUUCAAAGGAGAUUCGUGAGAGCAACACCAAACAAAUGAUUGCUCAUCGCCUACUGCUUGCUAUUGAUUCGCUUAAACAUUCUUCUGAUUCACUUCCUAAGCCUUGGUUUAUCUAUCUUUUAAUAGGAAUUGGUGCAUUUCUCUUCAUUAUCUCUUGUAUUGGAUAUGUCGGAACAGCAUCAAGGAGCCCUUGUGGUUUACUUUCAAUAUUUUUAUAUUGUGUGUUCUUGGUUGUACUUGUCAUAGUCGAGUUGGGGACUUCUGCUUUCAUAUUCUUUGAACACAACUGGAAAAAGGUUAUACCAAAAGAUAGAAGUGGUACUUUACAGAGAGUAUAUCAUUUUCUACAUGUGAAUUGGAAAAUCAUCAGAUGGGUUGCUCUAGGGGUCUUUAUAUUACAGGUAAUAGCAAUGGUUCUAGCAGUAUACUUGCGAUCAGUGUUCAAGCGUGCAAGGUAUGAUAACAGUGAUGAUGAUGAGCAUAUUGUAUAUCUUCCUCGUGCUAGGGUCAAACCCAAUUAUAGGAUGGUCACGCCCACCAUUACUAGCACCCCAUCAACCACAACCACUGCCAAUGGUAGAGAUCCAACAAAGCCCACUAAAUUACAAUGA